AUGUCUGGCCUCAGCAACAACCGCACCCUCCAAAUCCUCCGCAAGGCAGAGGACGAAAAGUAUGGUAUCCUCGCCCAAGUCGUCUACGAUGCAGGCCAAGCACUCGCCUUUGUGCGCGCCAUGGAGGCCAAGCGCUCGCCAGGCAUCCUCCAGAUGUUCCCCGUGACUGUCCAGCAGCUCGGCGGCUCGUUCCUCAAGUACUGUGUCGACAUUGCCCACAGUGCAUCCGUCCCAAUUUCGGUCCACCUCGACCACGCGACUGAUGACGCCGCUCUCCAGUUCGUCCUCGGCCUCGCGGACCAGGGUAUCAAGUUUGACAGUAUCAUGGUCGACGCCAGCCACGCCGACACGGACGAGGAGAACAUUGCCAUUGCCGUGCCCUACAUUAAGCGCUGCAACGACCACGGUAUCGCAACCGAGGUCGAGCUCGGCCGUCUCGAGGGUGGCGAGGCUGGUUUGCGUGAGAUUACCGGUGCCAUGCUCACCGACCCAUCAAAGGCAGAAGCGUUCAUGAAGGCGACUGGUGCCGACAUUCUCGCGCCCUCCAUCGGCAACCUCCACGGCUCGUACAAGUUUGUCGCUGGCGGUCCCAACUUUAGGCAAGAGAUCCUCAAGGACCUCCAGUCGCGCUUCGCCGGCCGUACGCCGUACGUGUGUCUCCACGGCACCGACGAGAUUUCAGACGACCUCUUCCGCGAGUGUGUGCGCAACGGCGUGACAAAGGUCAACGUCAACUCGUGGCUCCGUGACCCCUAUGUCGACGCGCUGGCCACGGGCCUCAAGACCAAGAUCAUGCCCGAGGCGAUCGACGACGCGCUGAAUGCGUUCCAGAAGGAGGGAGAGCGGUUCUGUGACCUUUUGGGCAGCACGAACAAGGGAUGA